CUUUCAAUGUUGAUGAAGAUGAUUACCAGACAUUUAUCCAAAACCUAAGAUCCAUACUCUCCUCCUCCAUAUCACAUGAUAUCCAUGUGCUCAUGCCACAGACAGAGCCUGUAAGCUGGUUAGAUAUUCGCCUAACUUCUGGCGAUUCCACCAUCAUCUUGAGAAUCGACCAGAGAAAUCUAUACGUGCGUGGAUAUUCAAGAGAUAUUGAAGACGAACCAUUUUGGGAGUUUUCAGAUUCAUCUCUGAUUCCUGGAUCGAGACAUCUCGCAUAUGGUGGAAGCUAUGUAGAUGGUUACAAUUUUGUUGUUGCAGCCGGCACUACCCGCUUAAAUGUUCAUCUGGGUUUACCUAAUUUGCGAAAUGCCAUUGCAAUCCUAGCAACAACGGAGGACCCGAACUCAACCCAAAACAAUGCAUUGCAGGAUUGUGCUCGAGCACUGUUGGUUCUAACUCAGAUGAUUGCGGAAUCUGCUAGGUUUCAAUUAAUCACCAACCAUAUUGUCACAAACUGGUUCAAUUCCGCACGACUCACUUCGCAACUCGUCCGCAUGCAGCAGUCCUUUGGCACUUUUUCUAGUGCUGUCCAACGUGCUGACUUCCCCUACUGGACACCUAAUACGCCCUUACCUAACGUCCCGAACCCUAACACAGCCAACAUUUGGACUGUAGGUCAAGCCAUUGCCGCACUUGGGAUCUUGCUGUAUGUCCCACGCAUAAGUAGCCGCAUGAAACGCCAAGUUCAUGUUGAUGUUGGCAAUGCUCGUAAUGCAGAUAUUGCUGUUGGUGCUGCUGUUGAUGCAAAUGUUUCACACCCGCGUACCUUGGUAAGCAUCGAGUAUGUACGUGUGAACGAUAUUGAUAGUGAGAAUCCUGGUGAGCUCUACGGAACGGUGAAGGUCAAGGACUUCUGGGGCGUUCAUACAGUGUAUGAUCGGAGUUCAAGUAACUAUGAGAGCAAACGUCCUGGCGAAUUUGCCACGUUGACAGGCCCUUCUACUGCUAUUUCGGGCGAUGAUGUGUUCGUUAUUAGCGUUAGUUUGUGGGAUUAUGACAUUAUCUCCCCCGACGAUGAGAUUGCUCAAGGCGACAUCGUGUGGGAACCAAGAACUGAGAAUAUAACUUUCGCCAAUUACGACAAGCGUUUAGAGAAGGUUGUGUAUGGUGAAUAUGGCAAUGUUACGGUGGGUUUCUCCGUGGUAAGACAAGCUCUCAAUGCCACUAUCGAUGUUUUGCUAAUCAACGGGGAUAAAGAAUCACCGGCGGAUGUGUAUGGAACAAUCAAAGCUUCGCAGGUUAUAGGGGGAUCAUCAACAUCCCUAACAUUGUUUGAGAAAUCGUCCAGUGAAUACGUCCAAGUGCGUCCCCAUCAUUCUAUUCCCCUGACUCGUUCAGUUGUGGUAGUACCAAUGACUGCCGGGUUAACAAUCACGACAGAUUUGUGGGAUUAUGAUACAAUUUCUCCUGAUGACCCAAUUGCCCAGGGAAGUGAAUACUUUGAUGCAGUGGUCGGGACCCAAACCAAGAGCAUAUAUGGUAAAUAUGGUGAAGUGCAAGUAUCUGUCACUUGCGAGUAAUUAAGGAAGCAGCACUUCCUUUGCCCAACCUUGCCCACCGGUUGGUCGGUUGGGAUACAUAGUAAAUAAAUGGGGUGGGAAGGGGAGGAAUAUUGUUAUGCCGUAAUAUAUAUAUAUAUAUAUAUGUCACUUGCGAGUAAUUAAGGAAGCAGCACUUCCUUUGCCCAACCUUGCCCACCGGUUGGUCGGUUGGCAUACAUAGUAAAUAAAUGGGGUGGGAAGAGGAGGAGUAUUGUUGUGCCGUAAUAUAUAUAUAUAUAUAUAUCUUGAAUUGUUGGUAGGAGUUGUGUCUCUGUUAGUCGAUGGCAUCUUGUAUCGAUUUUAUUUUGUUUGGAAAUUGGAUGUAAUGCAAACCCAAAUGGGACCAGACAAUAUGUUACAUUUCAAUAA